GAGGAGGGGAUCAAAAAUCCCUAGCGCAGCCGAUCCCCAUCGGGCCUGGCUCAUCUCUCUCUCUCCCUCACCCAUCCUUCUCCACCUCCGGCCGCCGCCACGGCCAGGCCGGCAUGGUGGUGCGCCUCCCACCUCAUCACCCAUCUCCAUCCACCACUCCACCAUCACCUCCAUCCAUCAGCGCUGUGCCACCCAGCACCUCCACCACGCACCACCAGCACCACUCCACAUCCACCUCACGCAACUCACCAGACAGAGGGCCGGCGGUGUCUGAUCCAUCGCGCGCCGAUGCUGGUGCCUCCUUCUUCAACCUGCUGCUUCUUCUUCCUCACCUCCGCUGCUGCUGUCCCUGCUCUUCUUGCGCUCAUGUUGCUGCUCCUCUGAACCCCUCGUACUUCUGCUCCUAAUCUUCUCCAACUUGCUGCUGCUCUGCUUACUCUAUCUCCUUGCACCGCUGCUGCUGCUUCUCCCGCGCGCCCCAACCUGCUGCUGCUCUUCCCCCACGAAUCUGCUACAACUCCACUCUCCAGCGCCUCCUUUGCUGAUUCUUUGCUCUGAACCUCAAGUUGCUACUGCUUCUUCUUCUCACGUCACGGCUGCUGCUCUUCUUUUCUUUCCCCUACUGUUGCUCCUUCUCUGAACCUCACGCGCUGCUCCAUCUCCUAAACGCUGCUGCUUCUUCCUUGGCCUCCUGCUCUGCUCCUAAUCUGAACCAUAAAUUGCUGCUACUCCCCUUCAUUCUCUAAAUUUCUGUAGACUUGAGAUCAUAUGUAAUAUUCAUAUUUGGCUAGUGCUUGAAACUUGCUAUUGGUUCAGAUUUGUAACUGUAUAAUAAUGCUAUGACAUGUUCAGUUUCAGACUGGUGAUUGUUUAGUACUGUAGUACUGUUUUUGUUCAUCGGAGAGUAUUAGAACAGUGCCCUAUAAUACCAUAUUCAUAUUUGUGUGUGUGUGUGUGUGUGUGUGAAAUAUAUUAAUUAUGUACUGCACUUGCUACUGAUUAGUGUCCACUUUACUGUAGACUGUUGCUCAAGUUCCUAUGAUAUAUAUCAUGUUUGACAGUUUAGUCCUCUAGUUAUUGUUGCACUGAUUUAUGUCAAGAAGAUUUGGCUAGUGUGAUGUGAGUCCAGUACAUGUGCUUUAUAAUCCUGUUUGUAACCGGUGUUCAUUUUGUAGUCCCAGUGAUAUAUCUUGUACCUUGUGCUAGCUAUGAACCUGUGAUAUAUAUAUGUGUGUGUUAUGUUCAUGUCCUUUUACUUCUCUUGUCAUUGAUGAUAGCUUUUGUUAGUAUCUUAAUUUCUCAAGCAUUACGAAAAUACCAAAAAGAUUGUUGAAGAUAAUUUGAACCUUCCUUGCUACUGUGUUAUUUUCUUUAUUGUCAACUUUGGUUAGUUUAGGUCUAUAUUUCCUUGCAAUCAUCAUCUAAAUUCUAUUACCUAGCUUUAGCCGAGUAUAGUUGACGUCGCCUAGUCCCUGAGGAGAACACAACACUCACAGUUUGGGCGUAAAAACCCCACUGCACCUACUAUGAUCAUUUUGGCGCCGUUGCCGGGGAGUAGCGUCGAGAGAUUUUGUUAGGCCAUAGACUAGGUUUUUCUUGUUUUUCCCUUUGUGCUAUAUAUUUGUGAUAUAUCUCUAGCCACUAACACCUGUUUUAGUUAGUAUCUUUUUGUCUUCUUUUCCUUUUUGCAGUUGGAUUAUCCUCUCGGUUAUGGCUUACUAUUCAGAUCAUCAGGCUUACGCGAGCAACACUACAAACAGCACGGAAAGUGUUCAAGAACUGAUAGUAAUCAUAUGCAGGGAUUCAAGUACAAUGAGGAGAACCACAACUAUGCUCCACAACAGAUUUAUUCACCUCCUACUCAUAUACCUCAAUACCAGGAGAUGUGUCCAAUGGAGUUAAAUGGUCCUCCAUUUCGUCAACCAACAACUCCAGCACCUUUCGAGCAAAGAUGAGUUUGAUGACAUAGACAAGCUCACACUUUUGAGUCUCGAGUUCACUUGGAGUGCCGAGGAUGAUCCUAUUAGGAAGGUUAUACUAGAGGAAAUGAAGAAGAUUAAGAGUGGAAAGGAGCUAGUGGAAGAAGUAAGGAAGAUUGAGAAGAACAUCAAUGCUGGCAGCACUAUUUCUUCACAACUUGAGUUGAGUGUGGCUGAGAUAUCCAUGGAUACAUGUGAGGUUCCAACACCUUCACAUUUCGUUGAGCAAGUUAGCAAGUGCCUUGAGCAAGAGAUACCUCAGAUUGAAGAAGAUGAACUAGAAGACAAGGAACAAGAUGGUCAAGAGCUGCAAUUCCCAAGUGAUCAAGUUGAAGACUCAUCAUCUAUUACUCCUGAAGAAGUACAAGAAGCUGCUGUAGAUGAAGAUGAAGAACAUGAGAUUCAUUUGCCUAUUGUCAUACCAGAGUGUGAUGUGUCAGGUUUACUCAAUCCUCUUGAUGACAUGAUGCCUUGUGAUUUCUUUGCUACCACCUUGCAUUACAUGAUACCAUCACUUAAGAUUGAUUUGAAAACUCAUUUGCUUGGAUAUGAUGAUAUAUACCGUGUUAGUGGAAUUGCUCUCAUUUGUGAUGAUCACAAUUACUUUCCUCAUGCUAGUCUUGAGCUUAAUGAUAAAUGUCAUCCUCGUGUGAGUAUUGACCAUGCUGAUUUCUGCCAUCCUAAACAUGUGCUUUAUAGUUAUGCUUAUAUAAUUGGAUAUUCCAUUGAUGACUUGGAGGGCAUCGACCGUAUCACUUGUAGUUGUUUGUGUGAGUCCUAUUUCAGGCUUUUGCUACUACACUGUUUACUACAUGCUGACCAGGUUCGAGGUGACAUUCCUUGGGAUCCUGGUGGAGUCAGAGCAUGGCGAUGAGGGGAGCACAAACAGGGAACACAAACAGAGAAGAGUGGAGAGAAGAAAGUAGGAGAGAAGAGUAUACAAAUACCAGGUGAUUCUGUUCCACUUGAAGCAACCUUUAGAAAAUUUAGUACGAGAACUGGCAUUUUAUUGCAUUGAAACACUUUUUGCAUUGUGACACCUUACUCUUCACUGCAAAGUAGGAUUCACUCCAAGAAGAUUGUUGAUUCUCUUAAUACUAAAACUAUGCAGCUGUAUUCUUCUUAUGGUAAUUUGUGAUAAUGAAUACUUUAUACCUCCAUGUAAAUGUUCAAUGGGAAUGCGUUGAGUCUAAGUGAAACCUACUAAUGAAUUGAUGUGCUGUGUCUGACUGUCCGAAGUUAAGCUAAGUAACUGGUGGCACUUAAGUAGUAGCUAUGAUCUCUGGAUCUGUAGUAUGUGAAAAACAGUGCCAUUAGCUAUGGAUUCCUCUUUCAAUUAUUCCUAUUUUACUUAAGCUAAGUAAUUUUCAAAUAACUAUAUAAAAUAAUUAUAAUAAUUUAAGUCCGAUCGACCUAUAGUAGCAUGUCAUGUUCCCUGGAUCGGUGGCUUGUGAAAUCUGGUAGAUUGGACUGUAAAAAAAUUUAUAUAAAAAAUGCUAUAAUUUGUCGAACCAGGUGUAUACCAUGUUCUCGGGAUCGGUGGUAUGUUCCUUAGGGGAGAUAAUAACAAAAAAAUAUGCUAAUAAUUUGUCGAACCAGGUGUAUACCAUGUUCUCGGGAUCAGUCGUAUGUUCCUUUGGGGAGAUAACAAAAAAAAUAUACUAAUAAUUUGGUCGAGCCAGGUGUAUACCAUGUUCUCGGGAUCGGUGGUAUGUUCCUUUGGUGAGACUGAUAUAAUAUCAUCACUUGUGCUUUAAAUUCAAUAAGUAACUUGUUUUUCUAAUUGAUUUUGGGGUCCCAGCUUAUCUCAGGGCUGAAGACAGAGCCAGCUCUUGAUUAUUAGUAUUCACUUUGACUCAAGGCCAUUGACUUGGAACAUUUACAGUGUGUUAUAAAAUAUUUCUUAUCACAAUUUAGCUUUAGUAGAGUACAUUUGCUUAGUUCCAGUAUUGUCGGAAUUACUAUCUAUCGGAAAGUGCAUCUUUACUAGGCAGUGUGAGUUGUGUCACCAUCAAUUUUUUUUCCUUUGCUUGAGGACAAGCAAAGAUUUAAGUGUGGGGGAACUUGAUAAGCACAUUUCUUAUAUACUAUUUGGGCACACAAAUUCACCUUUUAUUGAGAUAUAUCCAUCCAUUCUUGCUAUGACUUGUUGAAUAUUCGAAUGAUAAUCAUAAAAGAGAAUGUUGACUAGUGAAUUGUUUAUUUUGCAGAAGAGUGCGCAAAGGCACUAUAAUCGUCAAGACUUCUACUAUGUGGCUAACGAGAAGAGAGAAGGGCAUGAAAGAAAUACGUCAAGGCUUGAGCGUGAAGGAAAGAAGUAAUGUAGGGGAGCAAACUAAAAGAAGAGGAGGAUCUUCUUGGGAAGAGAGAAGAAAGGAGGAGGGCCAAAGUAAAAAAAAGACACAACAGAGGAGGGGAUCAAAAAUCCCUAGCGCAGCCGAUCCCCAUCGGGCCUGGCUCAUCUCUCUCUCUCCCUCACCCCUCCUUCUCCACCUCCGGCCGCCACCACGGCCAGGCCGGCGUGUUGGUGCGCCUCCCACCUCAUCACCCAUCUCCAUCCACCACUCCACCAUCACCUCCAUCCAUCAGCGCCGUGCCACCCAGCACCUCCACCAUGCACCACCAGCACCACUCCAGAUCCACCUCACGCAACUCACCAGACAGAGGGUCGGCGGUGUCUGAUCCAUCGCGCGCCCGAUGCUGGUGCCUCCUUCUUCAACCUGCUGCUUCUUCUUCCUCACCUCCGCUGCUGUUGCUCCUGCUCUUCUUGCGCUCAUGUUGCUGCUCCUCUGAACCCCUCGUACUGCUGCUCCUAAUCUUCUCCAACUUGCUGCUGCUCUGCUUACUCUAUCUCCUUGCACCGCUGCUGCUGCUUCUCCCGCGCGCCCCAACCUGCUGCUGCUCUUCCCCCACGAAUCUGCUACAGCUCCACUCUCUAGGGCCUCCUUUGCUGAUUCUUUGCUCUGAACCUCAAGUUGCUACUGCUUCUUCUUCUCACGUCACUGCUACUGCUCUUCUUUUCUUUCCCCUACUGUUGCUCCUUCUCUGAACCUCACGAUGCUGCUCCAUCUCCUAAACGCUGCUGCUUCUUCCUUGGCCUCCUGCUCUGCUCCUAAUCUGAACCAUAAAUUGCUGCUACUCCCCUUCAUUCUCUAAAUUUCUGUAGACUUGAGAUCAUAUGUAAUAUUCAUAUUUGGCUAGUGCUUGAAACUUGCUAUUGGUUCAGAUUUGUAACUGUAUAAUAAUGCUAUGACAUGUUCAGUUUUAGACUGGUGAUUGUUUAGUACUGUAGUACUGUUUUUGUUCAUCGGAGAGUAUUAGAACAGUGCCCUGUAAUACCAUGUUCUUAUUUGUGUGUGUGUGUGUGUGUGAAAUAUAUUAAUUAUGUACUGCACUUGCUA